AGAGACAGACAGAGAGAGAGAGAGGAAGAGGAGCCCGACAGUCGCUCUGCUCCCCUCCUCCCGGCCCACCGCCUCUGCCCAUCACCCCAGCACCAGCCUCCUCCUCCUCCUCGUCUUCUUCCCUCCUGCCUCCACCAUUCGCCAGAAGCCGCAUCUCCUCGCCCGGAGAGAUGUCUUCCCCGCCGGGCCGCCCCAUCUCCGGGGAGCAUCGGGUGGGCGACGGGGCGGAGGACGAGCCUUUCCCGCCUUUCCCGCCUUUCCCGCCUCGCCCCCCGCAGCAGGAGCCCCCUCCUCCCGUUCCCAUGGCGACCGCAUCCACAGGAGGCAUGGCAUCCUCUCAUUUCUAUGAUUACAGUUCUUCCAAGACAACAGAGAUGGGCAAUGGCUCUUUCUAUACCUCCCUGAUCUCCGAUGACCUCUAUACAUCUCCCCAAGAUUCGUCUUACUUCACUGGAAACCUGUCCAAAGGGAGAAGCUAUGUUAGUGCUUCGGACAGCACCGAAGGGUUCCUCACCCAGGAUGGGAAUCCCUUUGAGUCCCGUGGCUUGUUUAGCUCGGAUUCAGGAAUAGAGAUGACUCCGGCAGAAUCCACUGAUGUCAACAAAACCUUCGCUGACCCCAUGGAGCAGAUGAAAUCAGAAGCUUAUAAAUACAUGGACAUGAGUCGAUCAGAAGAGAUCAAGUGCCAGGAGAGAUAUGGAACAGGUCUUGGUGAUGUAGGCCCUCCAGGCUUGAUGGAGAAAUGGCAAGAGAACGUGACUGAACCUAAAGGGACAGCUUCCGGAGGGAAAUAUGCCACCAAAGAGCCAAGUUUGGGUGAGAAGUCAACUUUUGGUGGCUAUCAAUACUCUCCUUUAGCAGGAGCACCAGUCAAGAUUUCAGUGACUGAAACAGAAACCAUUGAGGCAAAGAGAAAGGCUACAGAGAAACAAGAUACAGGACUCAAACCAGGCAAUGAAGUAGUGCCCAUGGUGAUGGUGUCUGAACCCGAAGAUGAGAGUCCAGGCUCCAUUACACCACCAUCUUCAGCUACAGAACCAUCUGGCUCAGAGUCCCAAGGCAAAGGGAGCAUGUCUGAAGACGACUUCAUUAGUGCCGUUAGAGAGGCCAAAGGCUUCUCCAGCGAAAGCCCUGAAGGCCAGAGAUCUCCAAAUGUUGCAUCUGGAAAACAGGAUCCUAAAAUCAAGAUGCCAGAACGUCCACCUGGUGGGCCUCCUUUGGAUAAUGAAGUAAGUAGCGCUGAAUCUGGUGAUUCUGAGAUUGAGCUGGUCUCAGAAGACCCACUGGCUGCGGAAGAGGUUCUCCACUCCAAUUACAUGUCCUUCAGCCACGGUGGAGGACCUCCUCCUUCCCCAGCAUCUCCUUCGAUACAGUACAGCAUUCUGAGGGAGGAACGUGAGGCCGAACUGGACAGUGAACUCAUCAUUGAAUCAUGCGACGCUUCCUCCGCCUCUGAGGAGAGUCCAAAGCGAGAGCACGAUUCGCCUUUGAUGAAGCCUAUCAUUAUGGACAUAAUACAGGAGGAAAACUACUCCAGAAACGAAAGUGUCGGGGCCUCCAAUUACAAAGUCAGUAGCUUGAAGGAGAGCAGGAUGAACAAGGAGAACCUGGCAGACUCUGCCUCCUACUUGAAGUGCUCAUUUGGUGCUUCCAAAGUUCAUGGCCACCCAAGUUCCUCCUUGGCCAUCGGCACUGAAGAGAUAAAGGACAGAGUGUCUCAGAAGAAGUCAACUGAGGUGACAUCUGCUGUUACGGCAAGCAAACCACCAUCCAAGGGCUCGUUGACUAGAAGUCUCUGGUCUGCUCCACCACUGCCAUUUUUAAACAAGCAAAAAGCGAUUGACCUGCUCUACUGGCGCGACAUCAAGCAGACGGGCAUUGUGUUUGGGAGCGUCCUGCUGCUGCUUUUCUCCCUGACCCAGUUCAGCGUCGUCAGCGUCAUCGCCUACCUGGCGCUCGCAGCGCUCUCCGCCACCAUCAGCUUCAGAAUCUACAAGUCAGUCUUACAGGCUGUGCAGAAAACCGAUGAAGGCCACCCGUUCAAAAGCUACUUGGAAAUGGAAAUGUCUCUCUCCCAGGAACAGAUUCAGAAAUAUACAGAUUGCCUCCAGUCGUACAUGAACUGCACAGUCAAGGAGCUCAGGCGACUUUUCCUGGUCCAGGAUCUGGUGGACUCCUUAAAAUUUGCAGUACUAAUGUGGCUGUUGACCUACGUUGGAGCUCUCUUCAAUGGCCUAACUCUUCUGAUAAUGGCCGUGGUCUCAAUGUUUUCCCUACCUGUUGUAUAUGACAAGUACCAGGCACAGAUUGACCAGUACUUGGGACUUGUGCGGACUCACAUAAAUACUGUUGUGGCAAAGAUCCAAGCAAAAAUCCCAGGAGCGAAGCGGAAGGCUGAGUAAAAAGCAGCACGUAUCCAUCAACUACAAGAGUGAAUGAUGAGGGAGUCUGGGAUGAAAACAGCUCUGUUCUUGCUUUCGACUUAUUAUAAUUUAUUGUUCCUUUACCUCUCUAUCUCUGUCUCUCUCCAUGGGUGAAGGCAGAUGUUGCAAAGGAAGGGACUUGCCCCUUAGUCACCGGGUGAGCCGGGUUUCAGACUGGCUCCGCAAUUGAAAUGCCUUGUGCGGAUGCCAGGACAUCAAACACUCUCCGGGAUGCCUGUCUUGCACCUUCUUCCUCCUGUGUAGUAUCUCAGAUUGGCUGUGUGACAUCCUACAAAAGAGAAAGAGAGGGUGAGAAAGAGGAGCAUAUGAAUUUUCGUAUGUUUCUGUUCAUUAAUCGCCAGUUUAACAAUAAUAGAAAGCAGCCAACUAGCCAGUUUGGCAAACCUGUUUUCUCCCCUGGAGAGGAACGGCGUGUUUACACUGAGCGCGGCGAAAAUGUUCCAUGUUUGUCCCCACUGCUCUCAACAUGUGUCACAUCUGUCUUCACCCCUCUCUCUUUCAAACACUAGGAUCUCAGAGAUGUGAAACGAUGAAGCAGCUGUCCUUUGAUUUCCCCCGACUCUCCCUCUCUUCCUCCUGCUGUUUCUGUACUCUCUCUCUUAGACUAUUUGCAAUCAUGUGUGUCGAGCACUAAAGUAUAGUAAAGAGAAAAGUGUUCUAGGUGUGGUUCUUGUGUUGCUUCUCAAGUGCAUGAUGGUAAGAGCCUAAACUGCUAUUGAACUUUCUUAUUUUUCAUUUUCUAGUGCUUCUACUACUACUCUUACUUCUAUCGGCAUCGCUUCGAUAACUUUUAAUGUUACAUGUGGCUAGGGCUUUCCUGCUUAGUGCACUGAUGCAGUUUUGGCUUCUAUGUCCACUGGGUUUGCUGGUUGGGAUUAUCUUUACUAACUGUCUAGAAUCGUAGACUGAGGUCUUUCGGUGUUGUUUCUUGUUUCUUUUCAGCACAAGUGACAAAAAAAAAACAUACACAAAUAACGGGCAAUUGGUACUUCUAUGGUUAUACUCCAUUUUGUAGAACUCUUUCAAAGGAAAUUCAAUAGAAACCAACCCACCCAGUACUUUUUCUUUGGUUGUUCUCGAGGGAUCCAUGGGCUGAUUUACAUGUAUGGGAACUGAAGACUUCCGGCUUGUAACAUGUAUCACAAAUUUGUAUGACAUUCUCUGUAGGACUUAAUUAUGGACUCUAAAUAUUUGCACUUAUGUACUUGAUACCGAAUGCAGAAAUAAAUGUUACUAAAUGUUAAAAAA